GUCCAAAGGAAAGUGAAACUGACACUCUCGCGAUACGCCAAAAAAGUCUCGCGAGAUCUCGUUCUCAUUCGAGCUAAACUGGAGGGAUUUCAGUGAGUAGUGUGUGCAGCUAACAAGCUAACAAGCUAACUAGCAGAGCAAAGAUAACUUAUCUACUACCAACCUGCUCCUCUUCACAAACAAGUCAGCUCCGAGCAGUGACUCUCAAAAUGGAUUUAGAAGAUGACACCACUGUGUUAACAACUUUGAAGUCCUUCAAUUCCUUCAUCAGCCGCACUGAACCACCACAGCGGCUGUCAGAGCACUCAGCGGGGAGUGGGGCCCUGCAGAGUCAGUACAAACGCAGCAUGGAGUUGUUGGAAGCAGCAGAUAGGGUUCACUCCACAAAUCGCUACCUUCAGUUUGACCAGGAGAAGAAGCAGAUGGAGCUGAGUCACAAGCGAGCUCGAUUUGAACUUGAGAGGGCUGCUUCUGACAACGCACGAGACUUGGAGCAUGAGGUUGACCGGAACCAGGAUCUCUUGGGGAGAAUAAAAAAGUUGGAGGAGAGAGAGACAGAGGCAGCUAAGAACCUAUCAGAGCAGGUGGAGGUAAAUCGUGCUCUCCGUAAGAACAUGGAGGGCCUGAACAGGAAACUGGAGGAGCGAGAUACUAGACUGAACACUGCUAACCAGGCCAUCAGUUCUUUGAAGGAUGAGAUCAGAGAGCUGAAGCAGAAGAUUCAAAACCAAGAUUUGACAAUUUCUUCUCAAACCCUGGAAAGCCAGGAACUGCAGGAACAGUUAGAUCUACAACGCAGGAAGUAUCAGGAAGCCUCUCAGCUUUGCCAAAAUCUCCAAGCUGCCCAGUCUGUUUGCUCAGAGCACAUCGUCAAGAUUAAGGAGUUGGAGUGGCGUCUCGCCCUCCAGGAGCAAGACAUGGCCAUCGUGAAGACUGUAAAGUCAGAGGCGGCCAAGGUUCCAGACCUGGAGAAGGAUUUGAAGCGCCUCAGAGAUGAUAAUGCCUUUCUCAGGGAGAGCCGGGAGAAUUGCAGCCUGUUGAAAGAGGAGGUGGAGGGGCUGAGGAGGAAGCUGGAGAGGAUGGAGAAAACCAAAGAAGAGCUGGUCAAUAUGGAACUGGAGAAGGAGAGGUUUGCAGAGAAACUCAAAGCCUGGGAAAACCUUGGGCAAUCUACUGGACUCAACAUAAGGAAACCAGAGGAUCUGUCCAGGGAGGUGAUUCAGAUCCAGCAGAGAGAAAUUGCUCUGAAAGAACAGAACUACACACUCAACAGCCGUGUGAGGAAUGCAGAGCGUUCCCAGUCUGAGCUCCGUGCAGAGUUGUCCAAGCAGCGCAGCAGGACUCUGGAGGAGCAGAAGAAGAGGGAGGCGCAGGACGCUCUCGUCCGCCGACUACAGAAGAGAGUGCUGCUAUUAACCAAGGAGCGUGAUGGAAUGCGUGCCAUACUAGAGUCUUACGACAGCGAGCUGGCGCCUACCGAGUACUCGCCUCAACUCAGCAAGCGGCUCAGAGAGGCAGAGGACGUCCUGCAGAAAACACAGAACCACAAUGCAGAGAUGGAGAGCCAGCUGACCAAAGCACAGGAAGAGACAGGGACUCUGAAACUUCAGCUGCAAACAGUGGAGCUGGAGCUGGAAUCUCUGAAGAAGCAGCAGGCCUCCUCUGCUGAUAGCAACUCUGCAGUGACCAAAGAAGAGGUCAGCAUACUCAGACAGAAAAUAGAAGAUUUGGAGGCAGAGCGGCAGCGUUUGGAGGAGCAGAACAACGUCCUGGAGAUGAGACUAGAGAGACACAACCUACAGGGAGACUAUGAUCCCAUCAAAACCAGAGUUCUCCACAUCAAAAUGAACCCUACCACUGUUGCCAAGCAACAGCGGCAGCAGGAUGUUGAGGCUCUUCAGGAGGAAGUGACACGUCUCCGGGAACUCGUGCGCUCAUUGCAGGAUGGAGGCGCUAUGGUCCAAUCACAAGACGACUCCAGUGUGCAUGCCUCCAGCCUCUGCCUCAGUCUGCCGCCGUCGAAGGAGGUGCUGGAUUUACGUAAGCAGAUGGAGAACGCAGAACUCAGGAACCAGAGGCUGAAGGAGGUGUUUCAGAGGAAAAUCCAGGAGUUCCGCACAGUCUGCUACGUCCUGACCGGCUACCAGAUGGAUAUCACCACUGAGAACCAAUACAGGCUUUCCUCAGUCUAUGCAGAGCAAAUGGACGACUCCUUGCUCUUCAAAAAGGGCUCCAAUGGAAGCAUGCAGCUCAUGGAGACCGAGUUCUCCAAAACACUGGGGGAGAUGGUGGCCCUUCACCUGCAUCACCAGAAGAGCAUCCCGGCAUUCCUCUCGGCCGUGACCCUCGACCUCUUCAGCCGACAAACCACCAUCUGAAGUUACUCGACACCCACUCAGUCACAGGGGUGUAAUAGAUUUAAGAAGGAUUAGUUUGGUUUUAAUUUCCUGUGGUUUUCACUCUCUUUCUUGCCUUUUUUUUUUUUUCUCCAUCUCAUUCGAUAUUCACCGAGUGUUCUCUCAACAGCUCUGACAUUUGUAGUCGGCGCCGUGUUGUGGAGGAGGAACACCUUGUUUGAUGGAAUACUUCAAUCUUGUAUUCAAAAAGACUAAGAAAGCAACCUGGUAUCCCUAUUUGUACGCUGAAUAUUUCAUCAAUGAAACUGUGAGAGAUACAUUUUUCUUUAACAGGACAAAGUUGUCAUGAAAAUGACACACUAAAGCCUCUGAUAGUUGGAUUUGGAGUUUUUUUUUGUCACAGUGGGGGUUUGAAGUACGCUUCCCACCAAGUUAAAUACACACCGUGUGGAGAAACGUUUAUGUGGUUCUCUGGAUCUGCAGUAGAUGCAUUUUGCGUGGUCUUUACCGAGGCGGAGUCUUUCUUGACUCUCUUUAUUCUGCCUUCUGAGUCCUCUCUCUUGGGACCUCUUGUAAAAAGGUUUCACACCGAUGUUCUGUGGUUACAACUCGUCCAAGUCAAUCCAGAUUGAAUACAAGAUCUGUGGAUUCUAUUUUUUUUUUUUUUCAUUCGCGUUUCGGGAUGUAUCAAAAUUUGCAAUUAGGUUUCAUCAGAAUCUAAUUUAGUCAUGCCAUACAUAUGAUUUUUGUUGUUGUUAAUUAUUUUACUUCAUGAUUACCGGUAUGUGCUUGAAUUAAAGAUCUAAUUGAAGUCUAAACUCAAAUUUUCUGUUAGUCUAAUAUUAGAUGAAAAUAGAGAGAUAAAAAUCAACCUUGCCUCUCACCAUAUUCAAAAUAUGGACUAUGGUUUGAAAAAAGUCAAGAUUAGAUCUGUAAUAGCUCGGCUUGCGGUGUUACCGGUGUUACACUGUGUCCAGGCAUACACAGAUUACAUUACUUGCCCACCGCCCCACCCUCAUUUAGAUUUUUUAAAAAUAGAAAUAAGCCCAUUUAGUUCGGUUUUGCGUUAUCAGCGCCCAUGUUCAUCAAAUUUAAAAACUUUUUUUUUUUUUUUUUUUAUCUAUACAUAGUUGGACAAUGGACGCUACGAUUAUAAAGUGAAAGUGUCUACUGCGUACGGAGUCUCAGCACAGAGUAGCAGGAGUCAGA